AUGAAUUAUAAGAGUCGUCAUGGAAGUUUAAAUAAUAUUCAUGAAUGUGAUGAUAGCAGUGAUGAGACAAAUCCAUCUCGUUUGAGCUAUCCUUCGUUAAGUAGUUGUACUAGUAGUGAUGAAACAACAACUAGUCAAGAAAGAUUAAGUCAUCGUUUAAGUAGUAGUACUUCAGAUAGUAGCUCCAGUUUAGAUUUACGCAUAUUACCAAAUAAUGGAACACAUUCCACACAGAAAAUUAAUGAAAAACAUCACAAAGGUAAAAAAGAUAGGGAAAGUGAGAGAUAUUCAAAUCGUAAGGUUGUUAAUGAAAAGCGUCGUCAAUAUAAAUCACAAGGUCUGAGUAGCAGUAGUACAAGUAGUGAAGAAGAAGAUUUGGAAGCAUAUGGGUGGGAUGAAAAAACAAUUUCUGCUUUGACCAGCAGAAAUAAGACUAGCAUGACAUGUCACACAACCGCUUCCAAAGGAAAAUCGGAAAAAUGCCCAAAGAAUGUAAAUGAAUCCCUUACAAGUCCGAAGAGAGCGUCAUCUUAUCAAAAAUAUGACUUGCGCUGGAAACCAGAUAUGGGACUGGCAAAAUUAAAGCUUUCUUCUCCUGUAAGGAUUUGCAAUCAGUUUCAUGUAGAUUCGCCUAUUAUUUUUCCUCAGACAUGUAUAGUAUCCCGAAGGUUAAACUCAGCUAUCCAAUCUAAUUGUCCAAACACGACGAGUUUUACUUUACAUCCUUUUACAUUGCCUACCAACAGCUUUGUACAAAAUUCUUCUCUAACCAAUAGCGAACUACUAGCGGUUGUGAAUAUUGAUUUUCGACCCUCAGCAGAGUGGAAAGAGAGAUACAAACUAUUAGGCGUUCGUCAGGGGGAAUAUGUUUGUGUUUUAAAUCAAAGCUUAUCAAGUCCAACAAUCGCUAAUUCUGUGGAUGGAAGAAUGAGAUCUACACAUGCUCAACAGAAAGUAAUGUUCCCGUUGACGGAGAAUAACUUUUGGUUAUACGUACGUAGAUGGUGUGUUGACCACCUAGUAGCUACAGGAACACCAGGAUACAUUCCUCGCCAAACCUGCAGAGUUUUAUCGAACUGUGAGAUUACUAGUCUGAGGUGUGCAAGUCAGAAGGCAAAAUCGUCGUGGGAUGGAAGUUCAAACAACUUCAUACCAUCGAAUGAUUCCCAAACGAAUAACACUCCCGUACAGAAACAUGUAGUCAUGCAGACAAAUGAUGAGUUUAGACAAACAAAACCAGCAUCAAAUAAGGAGUUGACAAACAGAAGUCCGCACUCUAAUUCAACAUGUUCUAACCAAGUUACUGUAAUGUUUACUACGCAUCUUGAUAAGAGAAAUCCUAUGUAUUCAUUACAAAACUUUACACCAGAUACAUCAC